UUCUGAGCCUUUCUCCCUGGCGGGGGCGACUGCGGAAACUGGCGGGCACAGGCACUGCGGGGGCGACCAGAGGACGCUGCCGGGUUCCCACUCGCUGCCCGCCGCUGUGCGGGAGCUCGGAGAGCUCUAUCCGCUGGAUCCCAGCGCGACUCGCACUGCGGGGCUGGGGAUCUGACGCAGGGGACGCGCACCAGGCCGUUUGAUGGUUCUGCAGGGCAGCGGGAUCCACACUGGAAGGAAACAUCUGGUGGAAAGGUGGCAGCGGCUGGGUUCAGGCGGCUGCCCCCUCCGCACCUCCAGCCCCUGCUCUCCCAGGCCCUGACGGUGAACAGAGGCCCUGCGGGCCCGCGUGCUCUGAGAGGGCCGCCCCGCCCCCCGAGGCCGCCAGCUGCUGCGCGAGGUCGCCUUCCCACGCGCUCAGCGCUGGGCUCUACCACCCCCCUCCCACUACAUUCCCAGAAACCCGCAGAGCCAGCCAGGAUGCAAGAGAGGCGCGGGGCUGUGGCCCGGUUGGGGAGGAGGCCACCCUGCUCGCCUGAUCCCGCGCGGUCCCAGCUAGUCUAGACACAGCGCUGGCGCGGACAACUCCUCCCUCCCCGCCCUGACCAAGGAGCCCAGCUCCGCGCCAACACAUACUCAAGGUGCAGCAGGGACCUUGGGACAUUUUCACCCGUUUUCCUUUCCCGAGUUUCAGGGUCGUUUAAGGAAUUUGGUUUUUGCGUUCGGAGUGUCUUAAUUUUAUGGCCGAAGGGGCGGCUCAUGCGGGGCGCAGGGAAAACUGUAGCGGCAGAACUAAGCCCUAGGGCAGCCCAGCCCUCCGAAGCCUGCUGAAGCCCCGACCCUAGGCACCCACACCCCGAGAGGCCCUCUGGAGCUUAGCACGCGGGAAACAUUGCUUGGGGCUCCAUUACAUGUCCCAGCUUUCCUCCCAACCCUGUCCCCACUCCUGUUCCGGGGAAGGGGACACAGUGGGGCGUGGAAUGCCUCCCAGGGAACGAAUCCCCUAGAACUCGUUUUGAGCCCGGGGCACCAAAGGGCAGAUUUAGCCGGUGUCCUGCAUCCUGCCCUGGGAGCCGCGCGGCGCCUAGUCUGGCAGUCUAAACCGUGCGAAGCCCAAGGACAAGGCGUCCUGCUCUGGCUCAGGGUCCCCGGCGCCCUUAUUUCUUAACUAGCCAACACCACGGAGAGCUGCGGUGCCCCAAGUGCCUGCAGUUCGCAAGUGAACCUGGCCCCCAGCGCCUUCAACGCGGGGUGAAGGCAGAUUCAUUCUCCCUAGACCUCCUAAUCCUCAUGGUCCCGCCCCUCCAGAGAGACCCGAGCAGAGCAGGAGGCGCUGCCCCGCCUCCCCGCCAGGCUCAGGUUUCGACCCUGGGAUUAGGUAAACUGAUUGGGGGGUUAAUGAGAGCGGCGUAGCAGGCAGCCAGCUUUCUCCCAGGCCGGCGCCGGAACCCCGGCUCUGUCAACUGACAAGAGCAGCCUGCGCUCUCCCGCGUCCGCUACGCUGUUAGUGCUCCGUGACACCGCGCGUUUCCCAGCCAGCGCGCGCGGAUCCAGCUCAACUUCCCCAGGACAAGUGUUUUGGUCUCCACCUGGCUGAGGCUGAGCAAGAACUCAGGGUAACGGUGGGGUGACGACGGCUCCAGGGACCCUUGGAGCGGAGUGGGGAGCGCGGCCGACCAUCAUGCCGCGUUCGUUCCUUGUCAAGAGCAAGAAGGCUCACAGUUACCACCAGCCGCGCUCCCCGGGACCCGACUAUUCCCUCCGCCUGGAGAAUGUACUCGCGCCAGGCGGAGCAGACAGCACCUCGAGCGCAGGCGGAGCGAAGGCGGAGCCCCGGGGCCGUUUGUCCCCCGAGAUGCAGCUCACCGAGGCUCCCGACAGAGCCUCUGCGUCCCCCGGCAGCUGUGAGGGCAGCGUCUGCGAUCGGAGCUCGGAAUUUGCGGACUUCUGGAGGCCUCCGUCGCCCUCUGUGUCUCCAGCCUCAGAGAAGUCGGUGUGCCCGUCGCUGGACGAAGCUCAGCCCUUCCCCCUGCCCUUCAAGCCCUACUCGUGGAGCGGCUUGGCGGGGUCUGACCUGCGGCACCUGAUGCAGAGCUACCGGCCGUGCGCGGCCCUGGAGCGCGGCGCUGGCCUGGGCCUCUUCUGCGAGCGCACCCCGGAGCCAGGUCACCCCGCGGCGCUGUACGGCCCGGAGCGGGCGGCGGGCGGCGCAGGGGCCGGGGCGCCCGGGGGAGGCAGCGCAGGAGGCGGCGCUGCUAGCGGCGGGGGCCUAGGUCUCUACGGCGACUUUGGGCCCGCGGCGGCAGGGUUGUACGAGAGGCCGACGGCUGCGGCGGGCGGGCUGUACCCGGAGCGCAGCCACGGGCUGCACGCGGACAAGGGCGCCGGCGUCAAGGUGGAGUCCGAGCUGCUGUGCACCCGCCUGUUGCUGGGCGGCGGCUCCUACAAGUGCAUCAAGUGCAGCAAGGUGUUCUCCACGCCACACGGGCUCGAGGUGCACGUGCGCAGGUCCCACAGCGGCACGAGACCCUUUGCUUGCGAAAUAUGCGGCAAGACCUUUGGGCACGCGGUGAGCCUGGAGCAGCACAAAGCCGUGCACUCGCAGGAACGGAGCUUCGACUGUAAGAUCUGUGGCAAGAGCUUUAAGAGGUCAUCAACAUUAUCCACACACCUGCUCAUCCACUCAGACACCCGGCCUUACCCCUGUCAAUACUGCGGCAAGAGGUUCCAUCAGAAGUCAGACAUGAAGAAACACACCUUUAUCCACACUGGUGAGAAGCCCCACAAGUGCCAGGUGUGCGGCAAGGCGUUCAGUCAGAGCUCCAACCUCAUCACCCACAGCCGCAAGCACACAGGCUUCAAGCCCUUCGGCUGCGACCUGUGUGGGAAGGGAUUCCAGAGGAAGGUGGACCUCAGGCGGCACCGGGAGACGCAGCAUGGGCUCAAGUGAGCGCCCUGCCAGGCCGCAAGCAGCAGUUACACAACACAGGGAGGCCUGCCUCCCCACUUGCCACCAGCUACUUUGACUUCUCAGGCUCCCCAGUCCAGUCUGCAGAUCUCAGGAGGGUGGUUCCCCCUUCACCUUACUUCCUGGAGCUGCCAGAGAGGAUAAGUUACCUUUUCAAAGUUCAUCCUGGAGUGGGAACCAAAUGACUCACUGGGCUUUGGACACACCGGCUGGGCUCCUCUACUCCUGAAGACUCAAAGUCAAGAGGGCAUCAGACAGUGGGCCCCACCGUCUUCCCUCUCCCAACCCUGCUCCAGGGACAGGAAGGUCCUUCAGGUUUCUUCCUCCUCCUGCUGACCCACCCCAGACACUUGUGUGGAAUAGGAGGAAUCACCACUUACAAGGUAGACACAUGCUAAUGUUUUUAUCUAGAAUGAAGAAUGAGUGUUAUUUUUAUUUUUUUCCUUCUGGGGAGUCUGUUGACCCCUUUCUGUUGGGUACUGCCUGUAAAUCUUGGAGGAAUCAUUUCUCCCACUUGAAGAGUGGAUCAGAAACUGAUUUGAGGAAGUCCUUUCGUGCUUUUGAAAUUAGAAGAUACCCUGUAGAGCCUGCCCCAAGAAGGAGCUGCAGAAAAGUGGACUUGGUGAUGAGAGGAGAUUAGAGGCCUCCGGAGGCCUGCAAAGGCAUCAUCAGAGGAGGCAAGCACAGAGCAAGCCUUGGGACAAAAUAUCCAUUAACUCCGCAAAUGUUUAUUGACCACCGGUUACUAUGGCACCAGCCCAAUGCUAGGUAUUGGGGAGCCAGAGAUUAAGGUCAGGGCCUCUGCCUUGCCCUUCAAAAGCUAACGGUCACACUUCCAAAUGGCUGGGUCUGUUCUUUCCCUCCAAAGGAAUUCCAAGAAGACAAAACAGUCUUGAACCUUCCCUUCUGACCUGUUUGGAUUUUAUCAAGCGUAAACAAAAAAUAGCUGACCAGAUACUUCAAAGAUUUGUGUGUAUAUUCAGUUUUUUAUUGUUAAGCUGAUUUUUAAAGACGUGUAAGCUAGCAGGCAGUGGGAGUGAAGGCUUCAACUCUUGGGCCCUUCAUGUGUACCACAGAGAAAAACAACGUGGUACUUUCCUCUGAUGAGGUUUGUAAAUGUUUUUCAGAUCUUCUGGAGUGUGUUAUGUUAAUGUUUGUUAAUACAUAUUUAUUAGAGUGAUGUUUUAAGUUAAUAAAGUAUUAAGACUCUUACAUAUUGGUUUUUCAUUUAGGC